ACAGCUGUUAAAGUAGUUGACAUUCCCAGCUCUGAAAUAAUGAAUCGAAUAUGAUACAAAAGUCAAAAAUUUGUUUGUUACAUUAUGGUGCUUUUUGACAAAAUGUUAAAGAAAUCUAAAAAUUCAAAAUACCCACCACCACCCGCUCCACCAACUGUAGAAGAAAUGCUUAAAGAUCUUGAAACUUUUCACGUUGAGUUAAAUUUAGUGCCUGCUAAACGACAAUCAACCGAUGGACAACAGCCAGAUUGGUGGACGCGUUUCGAGCAUGCUGUAGCUGAUCAGGAAAACCUCAAAAUGCUGAACAGUGAGAUUAAAAGCUACAAACUUAAGUUAGAAUCCGCCAAAAUUGAAUUGGAAACGGAGGCGCAGUUGCUCAAAAAUGCCAUUGAGGAGCAACGUGAGCAAAUCGAUGACGUUCUGUCAAAAGGUAGUGGUUGAGAUUUUCUAGUGUUGUUGUAUGGAAUGGAAAUAAUUCAUUGAGAUUGUGUACUAGCUCAACCUCAUGUGAUAAUAAAUAAAUAAAUCGGUCUUUUAUAAUUAUUUUUAAAUAAAGUUUGUAUAACUGUAAAUCCGUAGAUCAAAUUUGAUACACGCAUCAAAUG